AUGAUCUCUCUCAAUCUGUCUGCUUCCCUAAACCCGGGUCUUCUCCACAAGACCCGGACCCGUCUCUCUGCUCUUCUCGUCACCGGCGAUAAACCCUUCAAUCGCAGAUACCCACUAGGGCUUCCCAAUCUCCAGAUUCGCGACACCGCCGCCAAAAAACCCUUCCUUUCACUCACCAACCCCGAAUCCCCAUCUGGAUUGCCUUCGAGAAGACCCAGAUCCAUCGCUGCGGCUGGACCAUCCGACCCGAACCCAGACGGCGAUCUCGAGAAAUCCUCCCCCGACGAAGCCGCCGAGAAAAAGGAGAAGAAAGCGAAGACUCUCCAGCUCGGAAUCGUCUUCGGUCUAUGGUAUUUCCAGAACAUCGUCUUCAACAUCUUCAACAAAAAGGCGCUCAACGUCUUCCCUUACCCAUGGCUUCUCGCUUCCUUCCAGCUCCUCGCCGGCUCCAUCUGGAUGCUAAUCCUAUGGUCCUUCAAGCUCUACCCGUGCCCCAAAAUCUCAAAACCAUUCAUCGUCGCUCUCCUCGGACCCGCAUUGUUCCACACAAUCGGCCACAUCUCAGCUUGCGUCUCCUUCUCCAAAGUCGCCGUCUCCUUCACCCACGUCAUCAAAUCAGCAGAGCCGGUCUUCUCCGUCAUCUUCUCCUCCUUCCUCGGAGACUCGUACCCAAUCGCCGUCUGGUUAUCGAUUCUCCCGAUCGUCAUGGGUUGCUCUUUAGCUGCAGUCACUGAAGUCUCGUUCAAUUUCGGCGGAUUAUCAACAGCUAUGAUCAGCAACGUUGGUUUCGUCUUGCGCAACAUUUACUCCAAGAGAAGUCUGCAGAGCUUCAAAGAGAUCGAUGGACUGAAUCUGUACGGCUGCAUCAGUAUCCUCUCUCUGGUUUAUCUCUUCCCUGUGGCGAUUUUCGUUGAAGGGUCGCAGUGGCUUCAAGGUUACCAUAAGGCCAUUGCCUCUGUUGGGAAGCCGUCGACGUUCUACUUUUGGGUUUUGCUCUCUGGUGUCUUCUACCAUUUGUACAAUCAGUCUUCUUACCAGGCGCUUGACGAGAUCAGUCCGUUGACUUUCUCUGUAGGGAACACGAUGAAGAGAGUGGUGGUGAUUGUCUCCACUGUGAUUGUGUUUAGGAAUCCUGUUAGGCCUCUGAAUGCUCUUGGAUCUGCCAUUGCCAUUUUCGGUACCUUCUUGUAUUCUCAAGCCACCGCCAAGAAGAAGAAGAUUGUUGAUGUUGGAGCUGAUAAGAAGAACAUUUGA